UCCGCCAGCACUGUACUUUGUGUGUACCAUAAAUUAUAACAUUGAAUCAGUCUAUAUUUUAUAUCAAGGUGGACACUAAUUUUAAUUUUGAUAAAUCUACGUGUAACCGAUACUGAUAAUAUAUCAACUAUUGAUGAGAAAACUAAUUACUUGUGAAAAGGAGAGAUGACAAAGUUUAUUUUAACAUACAUAUCGAUUUGUUGACCAUUUUUGUAAAUAAGGAAUUUAAUUUUUUUUUUUUUUUUUUUUUUUUUAGUGUUAUUAUUAUUAUGUUUUUGCCCUACAACAAUGUUCUUAUUAUGCUUAGUUUAGUGAUUAUAUACUGAUUGGAAGAACAUAAUGGUGGGCAAUGUUAUCACAGGACGAGCGAUAUAUCCUUCAACAGAAUCAGGAUUUUCGCUUUAUGUUGGUUUACUAAUUGCAUCAAAGUUUUUUCGAUCUGUUGGUCUCUUCAUUGCUUAUGACCUGCUGAAACUGAUUCCAGUUGUUCCAUUUCUAUUUCUUUUGAAAGCUGGAACAUCUGUUCCACUGUUGAUACUUCAGAAACCAUUUUCGCCUGCACGGAAGUUAACAAAACAACAGUUAUUUCGUGUCAUUCGUCAUGCAUUUUUCGGCAGUGUUAUUUCCUUUCUCUGGCUGUUUGGUUUGACACUAUGUGGACCAUUAAGAACGAUACUUCUGUUUGAACACAGUGACCUGGUUAUAAUAGCAGGCUUCUCUGCACUCUUCACAAGUAAUGGAGGGGGACCUGCAAAGUUGCGCGGUGCUGUUUUUUUCAUUCUGGCAGUGCUGGCAGUCCUACUGUUCGACCAUGAUGACAAACUCCACAAUGAUCCUGACCAUCUACAUAGCACGUUCGUGUCUCACGUCUUCCACCACAUCAUCACCAACGUCGGCUGGUCGGACCACAAGGGUGGAGUUGUCCUGUUGUCUAUUACGCUUUGUUUACAAGUUGGAUUCAACUCUGCGUCAAAGAAGUUAUCGGUGGACAUCGGUGGUUCCAAGCGGCUGCACGCUCUUUCUACCAUCAUGUCCACGAUGCUUCUCUUGCCAUGGGCAGUGUUCAUCUACCUCACAAGAGAGAGUGACAUCGAGUCGUGGGUGUACAUCCUGUUCCCGCUGAUUCUCGUCAUCUUCUUCAUGUUUGUCUUCGACUACUACAUCGAGGCUGUGGCGGUGAACCACCUGCACCCCCCGAGCGUGGCCCUGGUGGGGACGUUGACGAUGCUGACGGGUGCCGUGUUCCUGUCUGCGACAUGGAACCACCCACUGAUGGCGCAGGUGACCACGCUACACAAGAUGAAAGACAUCAUCACCGAGGACCAUGUGUUGUCGGGCGGAGUCGUAUUCAGCGUCAUCAUCAUGAUGUUUAGUACGAGGUUGCUACUUGCACCAAGCCGUGGAGCUCGGGGCAGUUUCAUUGGCUACUCACCAGCAGGCCUUCCUCUCUACAGUAUAGCAGGUGAUGCCCUUCAGCGCACCACUCAUUCUGUGUUCAUGGUUCUCAAAAACGGGCUGCGGCAAAUACUCGAAGAAUCCGAUUCCAGAAAGAUAUUCUACUUCCUGUGUAUCAACUUGGCAUUUACAUUUGUGGAGUUGACGUACGGAGUGUGGACCAACAGUCUGGGUCUGAUAUCGGACGGGUUCCACAUGCUGUUCGACUGCUCGGCCUUGGUGAUGGGUCUCUAUGCUGCUGUCAUGUCCCGCUGGAAAGCAUCGAGAAUAUUUUCUUAUGGUUUUGACCGAGUGGAAGUUUUAUCUGGGUUUAUCAAUGGACUGUUCCUGAUCGUUAUUGGGAUCUUUGUCUUUGCCGAGGCCAUCGGAAGAUUGUUUGAACCUCCUGAAAUACACACUGAGCGACUGUUGACUGUUUCUGUCAUGGGUUUGCUGGUGAACCUGACAGGUAUUUUUGUCUUCAAAAGUGCCCAUGGUCAUAGUCAUGGGGGUCAUGGCCACAGUCAUGGAGGUCAUAGCACUGGAGGUCAUGGAGGUCAUAUCACUGGAGGUCAUGGUCAUAGCUCUGGAGGUCAUGGUCAUAGCACUGGAGGUCAUAGUCAUGGAGGUCAUGGACACAGUCACGGAGGUCAUGGAGAGCACAGUCUGUGGGGUGGAGAGGAACAUAGUCUCUCCCAGCCACAGGGAGGCCACAACACCAACAUGGAGGGUGUUUUUCUUCACGUUCUGGCGGACACUCUGGGUAGCGUCGGUGUCAUCAUUUCUACUCUUCUCAUAGAGAACUUUGGCUGGAACAUCGCAGAUCCGGUCUGCUCGUUAUUUAUUGCCACCAUGAUUCUGCUCAGUGUCUUUCCCCUGUUGAAGGAAACAUCCAUGGUUCUGCUUUUACGGACACCCACAGACAUGAAAAAAGACAUUUCCUUGUGUUUAGAAAAGGUAUCAUCUCUGGAAGGUGUGCUGACGUACAGGGAGCCUCAUCUAUGGUGGCACACCUCUGCUAAAGUGUUGGCAGCGCUGCAUGUUCAAGUGACGCCCGAGACAAGUGAACAGAAAAUAGUUGCUCAGAUUAGUUCUAUAUUUAAGGAAAUAGGGAUUACGAAUGUGACAGUCCAGGUAGAGAAGGAAUCUUACUUCCUGCAUCUAACAGGGCUCGGUGCCGCACCCGAUCAGAUGUUUGACUUCACACACAAUUUACAGCACCAGAACCAAAGUGAAUCGUUAUUCAGUGGAGUGAAAGCUAUUUAACAAAUUUAACUAUGUUAAAGUGUUACAGUGAAAGCUAUUUAACAAACUUUGUUACAGUGUUACAGUAAAAGCUAUUUAACAAACUUUGUUAAAGUGUUACAGCUGGAUCUAAAAUAUGCAGUCACUCUCUUGUGUGUAACAGGACAGUUGAACAGAUCUAUCAGAACUGUGAACUCUUUGCAAUGGUGUGCUGGUGUUGCUUGCUGAACAAGUUAGAAAGUUAAAGCACUCGGUGACAGAAGUGAAAGCUUUCUUUAUUUUCAGCUGCCACCAAAUAUUAGUGCUGGGAUAAAGUUGGCUUACGUUCAAAGAAAUUGUUUUUAAUUUUGUAAAUUACUUUUGUUUUUGUUUUUAAUAUUUUGGAGCUACAUUAUUUUUAAUUUUCUGAGCCUUUUUAUUUUAAUAUUUUGAGCUGUAUUUUUACUUUGCUAAUUUCAUUUUGACAAAAAUGUUUUUGAAAAUGUGAUAGAGACAAUGAUAUUGUACCAGUUACUAUCAAAGAAAAUUCCUUAUUCUGAAGCUAUGUUUGAAGAAAGAGAUUUUUAACAGAUUUGAAAGUGAUUAGCAAAAGAUAUUUGAUCAAAUGUUAUUGGUAAUAUUUGGUGAUAUGAUUUUUUUUUUUUUUUUUUUUUUUUAAACAAACAUUUAAUCCAGAGAAAGACAUUUUUGUAAGGAUAUCACAAACCUGUCUAAAUAGGAUCACUGCUGAUUUAGACAGGAUCCGGUUUUUAGAGGGUCACAUUUUAGAAUUUAGAAAAUUCAGGACCCUGAAACUUGGGCUCUUUUCACAGGAUUCCAGUUUGGUCAGGGUCCGGUUUAGGUUGCACUGUAGAUGGUAUUGACGAGAUGAAUGUUGAAGCCGCAGUAGCGUCUUUUUCGGUAUUGGACUAUUUGCAGGGAUGUGAGAGGGGCUGGAACAAAAAAGCUCACUGCUCACCUUCUUUCUGCCCAAGUCAAACAAAGGCUUUCAAAUAGCAUAUCCUGGAUAUUGGACAAAACUGGCCAAGCGCAGCGAAGCUGACAAAAUCCAGCUAAGAGAAUAUACUACAUGCGAAUACUACUUGCAAUUGUGCAAUACUACUAUCGGGUUUUUUCGUUUUUGCAUCGGGUUUUUUAAUUAUUAUUAUUAUUUUUUUAGACAAAAUGGAAAACGCAUUUAUGUGUUUCCGCGUAGCCCUCACAUCCCUGUACUUGACAGGACUAUUCUCAAAGCUUGCUGUUUGUGCCAAAAACAAAUCUUAGUAACAGUUAUGUGUAUAUAUUGUCACAUUGUGUUCCACUGGAUGAGUAGAAGUGCACAUACAUGUAUAUGUGGGACUAGUUCUGUUAGAAAAACCUCAGAGAUCCACUGCCAUAAUUAUUAAUCAAAUAUUAUAAUAAACCAACAAUAUUUUGAAAGAGGAAAUAGUAUUUAAUUCCUCUUUUGAGGUGGAAUAUGACCGGAUGUUUUCCUCAGUAUACCCAAGAAUUUUGUGACAAAUGGGUAAAUCUAGCUUUUAUUUUGGGAUGGUACCAAAGAUUUACUUACCAGAGAUCCUGCUAGUGAUGAAGGUGUACUGGCCUCUGUGGUGUCGUGGUUAGGCCGAGCGAGUUUUAAAGACAAUAGGUAGGUGUAAGACCACUACACCCUCUUCACUCUCACUAACUACUAAAAACUAAAGACUAACCCACUGUCCUGGACAGACAGCCCAGAUAGCUGGUGUGUGUGCCCAGGACAGUGUGCUUGAACCUUAAUUGGGUAUAAGCAAGAAAAUAAUUUAAAAAAAAGAAAGAUGGAGAUGAAGUUACUUCUGUCGUGAGCAAAACUCCCCAGUAUUCAAUGUCACUGAUAUAUAUAAACAAGUUCAAAAAAGAUUUUUGGUUUUCUUAUAAAUAUUUCCUACCUCUCUAUCCAUCAAAUGGCUUGUAGCCAAAGAAUGUAUCAACAUUUUCACUGAUCUAUGGGACAGGGCUCAUAUUUUCGAAGGUAUCUUAGCGCUACGAAAUCAUAAAACCAUCGUAGGGUGUGACGUCACUACAGCACAUGCCAUAGUGACAUCAUAGCUUACGAUGAUUUUACGAUUUUGUAGGCUAAGAUUGCUUCGAAAAUAUGGGCCCUGUAUUUCAAAAUGAUAGAUAGCACGAAGUUGGUUCGCGUGAUUUCUACCUAGGUGUAACCUAAUCGAUUAUUGAACUUAUAUUUUAAUGACUAUUUCCUGCCGAUACUGUUAAAUUAAGCAAAAUAAAAUACAAAAUGCAAAAUAAUUUAUUGCAAAAUAUUAGGAAACAAUUUCUUUGAUACUCGAUAAAGUGAAUUUCAGAACCUUUAACGAUUCACCAUGUAACCCAUUCGUGGUUUGCAUCAAUUUAAAGUUGCCUAACAGACAUACGGACAGAACAAUGGUUGGCUAACUGCGUGCAAUAUUUUGCCUUGCUAUACACACAAUAAGGACUUUUCAAGAAGUGAUUGUGUGGCAAGGAAAUAUUUUAAUAUAUAUAUUCACUAGCCACAAAAUAAAAUAUUUAAACCAUGUAUGUACAGAGGAUAAAAUGCAGCAAACAACUGGGCAUAAUAUAAUAAUUAUGAUGCCUCCCUUCCCCAAAUAAUCAUGCGUGUGUGUUGAAAUUAUGCAUGGGGUGGGGUCUACACUGGCCAGCAAUGUUUCUAGGGUGUUUUACAGGGUUUGACAAAUCCACUAGCUCUCCGUCUCGGUUAGUGAAUUUUUUUUUAUCUGGAUUAGAGGAAAUUAUCAACUGUAUUACUAUAAUACAUAGGGCACUAGCCAAAGCUGUGAGGGCUAGUGGAAA